AAUAUUCGGAACGGACGGACUACAUGAGAAGGCAGUAGAUGAUUUCCCAAAAACUAUAUAUACCAUCUCUCAAUCUCUUCAUUUUGCCCUAAAACACUUUCAACAGCCGCAACUACAACAACAACCAUGUCUCUCUUCUCCACCAAACACUCUUCUUCACUUUCUCUAUUCCUCAUCAUCGUCAACACUAAAGCGUUGUUGAAAGGGUUUAGGUUUUCUCUUCUUCUUCUUUCCAAUUAACUCAAUUUUCUCUUCGAAUUUCGCGUCAAUUCAUGGGAUCCGAGGGUUUUGGCAGACCCACAGACGAUAAUUCGUUCCAAAAUGUGUUUUAGGUUAGAUUCAAGGAAUGGCUGAACUUGAUUUUGCAAAAGGGCACAACUAGACUAUGCCGGUUAAUGAGGUUAACGAUGAGUAUAUAUAUUUAGCACCCAACAAAUGUUAGAACAAAUGUCAGUGUUAUGGGCAACAAAACACGGACACUAGAAACACAACACCGACACUGACAUGUCAACACCGAUAAUAAUUUGAAAAAAUGAAAAUUAAACAUAAUCACAAGUGUCGAUGUUGGUUUUGGACACGGAUGACAUGGACACACAUUUUCUCAUAGGUGUGAGUGCUAUAGAAGUUAUUGGUUGACAGUGACACAUGUAGUUACAUUCAUUUAUUCCAUUCUGUUACAUUAUUAUCGUGCUUAAGUGUAAGUGUCGUUGUCAUGUUCGGUGUCUCUUUUGGUGUUUCAUAUUAUAAUAUGCUCUGUUUGCUAUGUAUAUUUGUUAGUUAAAUGUAGGGUGGGUGCUGUGAUAAAUCUUCCAAAUCUUCCAAGUGUUUUUGGUUAGUGAUGGAGCUUCGUACUUUCUGAAACAGUUGUUACUGUAACUGUCUUGACUUUUCUUUCAGUGCUACUGGAUGAUUCUGUUAGAUGUUGCAAAUAUGAAAAAUUCUGCCGAGUUUUCCUCCUGUAAUGAAUUUCUAAAGACUCAACCAUGUAAGAGUUCCAAUCAGCUUCCUCAGAUCAAGUGUGAAGAUUUGGUAAAAAAUAAGUUCAGCGGUAAUGGCAAAAAUUGUACUAUAAUUACUUCCACAAUGGAAGGUGUCCCGUUACAACGUAAGUCAUCAAAAUCUAAUAGGAGUAACAGUUCGGGUUCAAAAAGACCACGGAUGUCCCAAUCGGAAGAUUAUACAAGCCUUAAUGGAACUGAAGAGUCAAAAGAUAGUUUUGACAAGCUUGGAUCACAUAAUCUGAAGUGUACUUCUCCAGAGGGAAGUCCAUUACCAAAGCAAAAGGGAAAUUAUAGCAAGCGUGGAGAUAAGAAGAACUUUAAAGUGCCUUCUUCAAAGGCUAAAUUCGAGUCAUCCUCUAUGAAAAUGGGUACAUCAAUCUUCAGUUCUUCUAAUGGAGGGAACAACUUUUUUGGUUUGUAUGGUCUGAAACAUGAUUUUCAUGAUGUCACAAAUCUCAUGGAUGAACCUCCGUUGGAUGAGCUUCUCAAGGGCACGUUUGACUGUCCUAUUAUAAGCAAAGAUAAGGGGAAGAAAGCAUCAAAUAACAAUGAAAGUUUUUUGAGUUCAGUUAGAAAGGCUUGCUCUAUCAUUCAGUCCCCGAAACCUGUUCAGUCUCAAAACAUGGAGAUGGAUUACUCCCCCAACAAGAAAAUGUCCACUUCUCAAGUUAGUUCAAUUUGUGCAGUAGAAAGCGAUGUAAAUGAGGAUAAAGAGCAGUCUUGCUCAACAGAUAUGUCUUCGUCUCAGAAGGAUCCUUGUAGCGAAACAGAUUGUAAAGCUAGUCCGCUCGACUUUCCAUUAUGUCAACCUAAGGAUGUAUUAGAACAGAUUGCACUGCACCCGUUUCGAGAAUCUGAGUCUUUGCUGAUUGAUGUGUCCAAACUUGCGAUUAGUACAAAGAAUAGUAAUGAUCUACGUUCAGGCAAGCAGGUAUCUCGUCGACCAAGCUUGCCAUCCUUCCCAUGGUCACAUGCUUUUGGUGGCAAUUUUAGAGCUAAUUCUGACACAGCUAAGUUAUCAACAAGUAGAAGUACGUGCCGAGGUAAAUGGGCAAGGAUAGGUCUCAUUGCUACCUCUACUGAUAUUGAUCGCAGUUCGUUCACAGACCUCGAUUCAUUCAGUUAUGAUCAGAGCCUUGUUCCUUCAUCUGGAAAUUCAGACAGCAAACUUAUUCAAUCUUUUUUCGCUAAUCUUCCUUUCCGCCGGUUGGAUUCCUCGUCUUCUGUAUCAUGUUCUAAAGAUUUUCAGGUUAAUACAGAAUCUGGAGGCCAAGUUGAUACUAAAGAAAAUGCAGAUGAUCGUUGCCCCGCAGUAUUAGUUGCUGCACAAACUCUAUGUGAAAUUAAAACUCGUUCAAUUCGGCAGAGCUCAGAUGGAAUUUUAAGAUGGCAAAGGAAACCUUCACACAAGGCCAUGAAAACUUGCUAUUUAAAAUCGAAUGAGAAACAUGAAGACGGGCCUUCAACGCCAGUUUCACUGGUUGGAUCUAACAUGGUGGCCAGAAAAGUGGAGCACAUAACGACCUCGAAGAAGCCAAGGCUUUCAACCGUCGAUAAUAAGAAUAGCGGUCCCUCCAAUAAUGUAAAGAAAGGAGGUGGCUGUCCGUGGCCAACUUCAAAUUCAAAAUCAGGCAGAUCAUCAUUACCCAGUAAACUAGUUAGGAACUCAGUUGUAGAAAACAAACGUACAAAUACAAAUGCAAAUGCAAGCACUGUAAAGCAGCAACAUUGUAUGAUGAUGCCCCCACCUGCAAGGGAUUUGGAUAAGGCUUAUGACAGUCAACAUCAUCAAGGUGGUAAAUUUGUAUUGAUGGAUUGGAAAAGAGGAAGAGACAAGUCAGAUUGAUCAAUCAUUAUUCUGUUGACUCUCAUCAGCAGCUAGAAGCUGUAGUUGUAGUGUGAUUAGCAAAUGUUUAGGCUCUUUGUAUAUAUAUUUAUUAUUAUGUUGUGACUGCAAUGAAUUUGUUGCAAGUGUUUUGUCCAAGGGCAAAACAUGAUUCAGAUGUUGUAACAUUUAAACACAGGUGUAUAAAACAGCAGAAUUCAUUGCUUUCUC